UGUUGCCUCCUCCCUCGCUUCUUUAAUGCUGUCGUUUCGUUUGUUUGAUUCAAAAUUUUGCUCUAAAGCCCGGUUUCGAAGCAUUCCCACUGAAAAAACGAUCCAUUCGAGAAAAUAAAAAAGCCAAAGCUUAAGAAUCCCCAAUCACUCUCGCAGAAAUUAACGGUGUUCUUUUUUGGAAUCGAAGAUCUGAUAAGAAUUUCUAAACAUCCGUGAAAUUCUGGAGAGAUCAAGUCUCUCUCCUGAUCUCAAAUCCAUGGCGCUUCCAAGAACGAAGCUACUUUUUCUGUUAUGCGUUUUGGCUUACGCUAUCGUCGCCGUUGCAGGGAAGAGUUACUAUGAGAUAUUGCAAGUGCCGAAAGGAGCAUCGGAUGAGCAGAUCAAAAGAGCGUACAGGAAGCUGGCAUUGAAGUAUCAUCCUGAUAAGAACCCCGGUAAUGAAGAGGCCAAUAAACGAUUUGCGGAGAUUAACAAUGCUUAUGAGGUGUUGUCGGAUAGCGAAAAGAGGGGCAUAUAUGAUAGGCAUGGAGAGGAAGGCCUAAAGCAACAUGCUGCCAGCGGAGGCAGAGGAGGAAUGGGGGUCAAUAUUCAAGACAUUUUCAGCACUUUUUUUGGUGGAGGCCAGGCAGAAGAGGAGGAGAGAAUUGUGAAGGGUGAUGAUGUAAUUGUUGAAUUGGAUGCAUCACUGGAAGAUUUGUACAUGGGAGGUACUCUUAAGGUGUGGAGGGAGAAAAACACCUUAAAGCCAGCCCCUGGUAAACGACGCUGUAACUGCAGAAAUGAGGUAUAUCAUAAGCAAAUUGGUCCAGGGAUGUUCCAACAGAUGACUGAAGAGGUCUGUGAGCAGUGCCAAAAUGUCAAAUAUGAACGAGAGGGGUAUAUUGUCACAGUUGAUAUUGAGAAAGGAAUGCAGGAUGGACAAGAGGUGGUUUUCUAUGAUGAUGGUGAGCCUAAAAUAGAUGGAGAACCCGGAGAUUUGAAGUUCCGCAUUCGCACAGCACCCCAUGACCGAUUCAGGAGGGAAGGCAAUGACUUGCACACCACUGUCACCAUAACACUUGUUCAAGCUCUUGUUGGUUUUGAGAAGACCAUUAGACAUCUUGAUGACCAUUUAGUUGACAUUGGCUCUAAGGGUAUUACUAAGCCCAAGGAGGUGAGAAAGUUCAAAGGAGAAGGAAUGCCAUUGCAUUUCAGCAACAAGAAAGGAGAUCUCUAUGUCACCUAUGAGGUUUUGUUCCCGACAUCGCUGACAAUGGACCAGAAGGCCAAAAUCAAGGCAGUUCUUGGGUAGUAGGAAUAGAGGAUACGAAUAUUUUUUGUUGGGUCACCCAUUCUAAAAUAUGAUGAGGAUACAUGGAAACUAGGAUAUCAGUCUCUCCCAUUUUAACCUAAUUCCUUCCCCACUAACAAAUUAGCUUUGCCGAGUCUGAAAAAUGUAUUUGCUCUCUAAUACGUUCAAGUGCCUAGCAAUUUGGAGAUGCUUGUUCAGAAUAUUGCUGUAAUUAAUUACUUUUUCUUGCCUGUAUUCUAUCAAAAUCUGCAUAUGCAAUCCCAACAACAGAUGAAGUGAAUAUUCUUCAUCUAACCUCAAUUGCAGGCUGUAAUAUUAUUGUUCAAUCUGAAGGUCGUAUGAGACCGAAGAGGGUCGACUGUUAAUAAGUUAAUUAAACAAAAAGAAAGGAUUCCUUGUAUUGGGUUGGGAUAGUAGCACUCUCUCUUUCUGUCUUUGUUUUGUCGGCUGCCAGACUUGCAUGCCUCUUUGGGCUGGUUCUUCUGUUUUUGCCCAUUAUCUUUUCAAUCUCCUAAGCUGGUUGGUCGGCAGACUUUUAUUUUCUGUUGUUCUUUUUAAAAUCUAUGUGAAAACAAUUUCACAAUCGCCAUUCGACAGGUAGUUCCUUCCCAUUUCAUUUCACAGCAAGUCCUUAAGGCGCCCUUAAAUUUAGACGUAGACAUUGUCUUUAAUUUAUGGUCCGACUUUCUUACCUAAAAGAAUUGAUGCCCCAACAUAAAUUAAUAAUUUUAAUAAACUUAUAAUUAAACAUCAUUGGGCCCACAUAGAUUUACAACUGCCCAAUAGCUUUC